AUGUCCACCAAGCGACCUCGUGACGAAGACGGUGACGCAGCAGCCGCCGCGCCCGACACCAAGAAGCCCCGCCACGGCUUCCGCGUCGGCCCAGAGAACCUGCCCGACGGGCCCUGGCGCCGCAAGGUCACCAAGAUCAAGAAGGACCUGAUCCACAAGGCCAAGGUCAAGAAGGCCUUUGCCAAGGUCAAGGCCGCCGAGGAGCAGGAGAAGAAGGCGAAAGACACAGCCGGGAACGAGGACGAGGACAGGGGCGAGCAGGAGGAUGCCGAGCCAGAGGCCCAGAUCCACCCGGAGCGACAGGCCAUGCUGGACGAGCGGGAGCAGCGCCGGCUCGAGCGGGGCGCAGACCCAGACGCACAGGACGGAGAGGACGGAGAGCAGGAAGACGGCCGGACACACCGCCAGCGGAACGGCGGGGGCGCACGGAGACAGCGGCGGGACCCCAGGCGGCCGGGCUACUACGACAAGGCGCUGGAGCAGGCAGAGCAGCGCAAGCAGGAGGCCGAGGCCCGCGCCGCUGAGGCGAAGCGGCGAGAAGACGAGCGGAACCGCAAGGUCGCCGAGAGAGACCGCUAUCGCAGGGCCAUGGCCAAGGCACGCGCGGGCACCCGCAAUGGUCGACAGCGGAAGUUGGGUCGGGAGAGCGGUGUCUUGCUGGACAAGGUGAAGAGACUGGUGGGCCAGUGA